UUUGUUUUUUUUAUAUGUUAGAAAUGUUAUUCGUAUAAGAGCAAAAACAAGUUUAUUUUAUUAUUAUAAAACUUUAAUCUUAACUUAACAACCAAAAAAAAAAAGAAGAAAAUAUAAGCUAUUCAGAAGCGAGUUUAGCCUGUUACCACGAUGACUAUGCCAGAAUUUUUUGGCUGUUCUAUGAUCGCAUUUGGUCCUCCCUUGGCAUUAUUCAUUUUUACAAUCGCUAAUGAUCCUAUUCGCAUUAUAAUCUUGAUAGUUGCUGCUUUCUUUUGGCUGGUUUCGUUGCUUGCUUCAUCAAUCGUAUGGUACGCAAUAGUGCCUUUAAGGAAAUUUUUAGCGUUUGGUGUUGUUUUCUCAGUGUUAUUCCAAGAAGGUUUUCGUUAUAUUAUUUAUCGAAUUUUAAGACGUACUGAGCAAGGAUUGCAGGUGGUCGCUGAAGAUACACGCGUCAUUGAAAACAAGCACAUAUUGGCUUAUGUUAGCGGCUUCGGUUUUGGUAUUAUAUCAGCAAUGUUUGCUUUGGUUAAUGUUUUGGCAGAUAUGUGGGGUCCAGCAACACUUGGCUUAAAAGGCGGAUCUGAAGUGUUUUUUUUAGUCUCCUCUGCACAGGCACUCUCUAUAUGUUUGUUGCACACUUUUUGGAGUGUAAUAUUUUAUAACGCAUUCGACACGAAUAACUACAUGCACAUAGCCUAUGUAAUCAUUACGCAUAUGGUUGUCUCCCUAACCACUCUGCUAAAUGCUCAGGAGUUAUACAGCGCGUCAUUAAUUAUCAACUACUGUUUGACUGUAGCAUCCGCUAUUUUAGCUUUUCAUGUAUCAGGAGGUACAAAGCGUUCUCUUAAACGUUUUUUCAUCUGCCAGUAACUAGUAACUAGAGAAUUUUUGUAUUACUAUUAAUAAAUAAACUCCAAUUAUGACGUUAAGUUCUUAAAUAG